AUGCAUCUCCUCAAGUACGGCGAAAAUGGAGACCUCGCCAUCACCAGCUUCGAUGAUAACGAACUGCCUCCUUACGCGAUACUUUCUCACACCUGGGGUGCGGAUGAAGAGGAAGUGACCUUUACGGACAUUGUCAAUAACGGUGGCAAGGACAAGCCUGGCUACAAGAAGAUUCGCUUCUGCGGAGAACAAGCUUCAAGAGAUGGACUGGAAUACUUCUGGAUUGAUACCUGCUGCAUCAACAAAGAGAACCAGGCUGAGCUCUCACUGGCCAUUGACUCUAUGUUUCGCUGGUACCGCAACUCGGCUCGAUGUUAUGUCUAUCUGUCGGAUGUAUCGAGCCAAACUUUGAACACCAACCCCGAGCCCAACCGGAGUAGAUGGUUCACCCGAGGCUGGACGCUCCAGGAGCUUCUCGCGCCCAGCGUGGUCGAGUUCUUCUCGCGUGAAUGGUGCAAACUUGGUGAUAAGAUAUCGCUAAAGUCUGAGAUCCACGAAGUCACAGCCAUUCCAUAUGAAGCGCUCGAGGGGGCGCCCCUCUCUCAAUUUAGCGUCGAAGAGCGGUUCCGAUGGAGACAGAACCGGCACACAAAGCUCAAAGAGGAUGCGGCAUACUCGUUGUCAGGCAUCUUCGAUGUAGACAUUGCGCCUAUAUAUGGUGAAGGCGGAGAGGAAGCAUUCAGACGGCUUCAUGACAAGAUCCGUGAGCAAGUAGAGUGUCUUCGGGACUUAUUUGCUACCGACCCUCUUAAGGAUAAGAAGCGUAUCGAGGAGACCAAAGGCGGACUGCUAGCAAACUCGUACCGCUGGGUCCUCGACAAUACUACAUUCCAACAAUGGCAACAGGACACGCACAGCCGACUACUAUGGGUAAAAGGAGAUCCUGGUAAAGGCAAGACGAUGCUGCUGUGCGGCAUCAUCAACGAACUGCACAAGGCACCAAACCAUGUCACGGUCUCACACUUCUUCUGCCAAGCGACCGACUCGCGUAUCAACAGCGCUACCGCUGCGCUACGAGGGCUAUUGUAUAUGCUCCUAGUCCAGCAGCCGUCGCUGGUAUCGCACGUCCGCAAGAAGCACGACUACGCGGGCAGAAGCUUGUUCGAAGAUGCGAAUGCCUGGGUAGCCUUGACAGAGAUAUUCGUCGACGUGCUGCGAGACCCGAGCCUGCGCCCGACAUACCUAGUCAUCGACGCGCUAGAUGAGUGCGUCACUGAUCUACCCAUGCUGCUUGACUUUGUCGCAAAGCAGUCAUCGGUGUCUUCUUGUGUCAAAUGGAUUGUUUCUAGUCGCAACUGGCCAAACAUCGAAGCGCAGCUAGAGCGGGCAGGGCAUAAAGUAAGACUAAGCCUCGAGCUGAACGCAGAGUCAGUUGCAGCUGCAGUUGCCGUCUUUAUCCAGCGAAAGGUAGAUCAGCUGGCGCAAGAAAAGCAGUAUAAGGCAGAGGUUCGAGACGCUGUGCUCCAGCACUUAACAACAAACGCAAACGACACCUUCCUCUGGGUGGCGUUGGUGUGCCAAGAACUUGGAAGGACGGCGAAUCGGCAUGUGCUAAAGAAGUUAGCCGUGUUCCCUCCUGGGCUAGACGACUUAUAUAAGCGGAUGAUGCAGCAGAUGAGCGAGUCAGACGACGCCGACACCUGUCGCUGCGUACUAGCUUCGACCGCGGUCUUGUAUCGACCUGUGACUAUUCACGAACUGGUCGCACUCAUCGAGCAGCCUGAGGAUGUUAGCAAUGACAUGCGGGAGAUCAUUGACCUGUGUGGAUCGUUCCUGACCGUCCGCGAAGACACAGUGUACUUUGUGCAUCAGUCUGCAAAGGACUUCCUCUUAGUAAAGGCGUCAAACGAGGUCUUUCCAAACGGUAUGGAAGAGAUUCAUCGGGCUAUCUUUUCGACAUCGCUAGCGCAUCUGUCUAGCAUAUUACACAGAGACAUGUACAGCUUAAAAGCGCUUGGAAGCGCUGUUAAGAACGUUAAACCACCGCAUCCAGACCCACUAGCAGCGUCACACUACCCGUAUCGUCUUACUCAGCUUGUUCAGGACGCACGGCGAUUCGUUAUGUAUCACAAACAGGCUAUAGAGAGUUACCCUCUUCAAACAUACACAUCUGCGCUGCUGUUCAGCCCAACAGGAAGUCUGAUCAGGCAGCUAUUUCGACACGAAGAGCCGAGAGGAAUCGCAAUUAUGCCAGCUAUGAGUGACAGCUGGAGUGCGUGCCUGCAGACGCUCGAGGGCCAUAGCGGUUUGAUCUGGGAUGCGAGCAGCGGCGCGUGCCUGCAGACGCUCCUGGAUAGUCGUGCUGUCAACUCGGUUGAUCUCGUCUCUAUUCUUGCGUUGUCACACUUUGAUAAGAUCAUAACAAACCGAAAGCAAUCUGUCUGUCAGGAAGUAACGAUUAGCUCAGAUAAUAUCUGGGUUUCUGAUAAUGUUCAAAAACUGUGGCUUCCGACAGAGUAUCGACCAGUAAGCUCAGCUACGUCAAGCAGAUGUAUUGGUGUAGGUACCGGGUCUGGAAAGAUUUGGAUAUGUAGCUUCGAGUGA